AUGGCACGGCCAGAGCCAAACACCAAAGAAUACAAACUCCUAAUAGGCGAUGAUGAGAAUGAGAUCGCCAAUACCAACAAUACCAAUGAUAGUUUUCAAGAGAAAAGAGUCCCACCAAUAAUAACCAAAAACCUCAGAAAACCCGGACUCUUAUCUACACUAACGAGCACAGGCGCUCUGCCCAUACUGAGUUAUUGUGGCGCGAGCAUCCUGAUGACCGUGACGAACAAAUAUGUGUUGUCCGGGUAUGAAUUUAAUAUGAAUUUCUUCUUGUUGGCCAUUCAGUCUGUUGUAUGCGUUGUCCUGCUUCACGGAUCCAAAACCGCCAAGCUGAUAAAUUUCCGAGAAAUUGAGUCAUGCAUUGCGAAAAAAUGGCUUCCGAUUGUCUUUCUUUUAAUUGCAAUGAUUUAUACCGGAAGCAAAAGUUUACAAUAUCUAUCAAUACCGGUAUACACAAUCUUCAAGAAUCUAACGAUUAUUCUGAUUGCGUAUGGGGAAAUGCUGUGGUUUGGUGGAUCAGUGACUCGACUCAUGAUUACGAGUUUUCUAUUAAUGAUUCUUUCUUCAAUCAUUGCCGCAUGGGCAGACAUCUCCUACGCAUUAGAAACUGCAACAUCCCAAGUCUCGACACUAAACGUUGGAUACUUUUGGAUGGGCACGAACUGUCUGGCAACCGCUUCAUUCACACUAACAAUGCGGAAACGGAUCACGUUGACGGGAUUCAAGGAUUUCGACACAGUCUAUUAUAAUAAUUUGUUGUCGAUACCAGUGUUGGUUGUGAUGAGUUUUUUGCUUGAAGAUUGGAGCGCGGAAAAUUUGCAGAAUAAUUUCCCUCCGGAAAUUCGAAAUCCACUUAUUACGGCGAUGCUCUUUUCAGGAGUCUCGGCAUUUGGUAUCUCGUAUUCAUCAGCAUGGUGUAUUCGAGUGACCAGCAGUACAACCUACAGUAUGGUUGGUGCAUUAAAUAAAUUGCCAAUUGCUAUUAGUGGCAUGGUAUUUUUCGGAGAUCCGAUAACUUUUGGAAACGUGUCUGCAGUGUUUGUUGGUUUUAUCGCGGGCGUCGUGUACACCAUGGCAAAAUCAGCUCAAAAAAAGAGCACAUCGCGACAUCAGGCUGGGUAUUUGCCGAUGUCAGCGAGUAGCCAUAGUAUGCGUGAGGCAAGUCUUGCACAAAAGAAUGGGAAAGAGGAAGCACCUUGA